CCUCACUACCGAUCACACCGCUAAACCACCCAGCCCUAUAGCAAAGAAAGCCACCCGCAAUAAGGAAGCCCAGGAUCCAACCCAAGCCUUUCUGACAGCCUAGCCUCCUCGCGGUUCCUGCGGGAUCGGGAGCAGGAAGGAUCAACCAACAUAAUCUUGCAUCCCAGGGUGCUGAUUCGCUCCCUCGCCACGUAGCAACAGUAGCACCAACAGUAUAUCCCAGCUAGCUAAUCAUACCGUAGCAUCUAUAGCCCCUUGUCUGCCCUGGGAUAGACAUAUGCAUAGAUAAAUAACCUUAACAUCCCAGCACCCUAGUCUAGGCAGCAUACCCCCAACGCUAAUCCACACCACACCACAGACCUAUCGUCACCACCACAACCACCAGGAGAAGCAUCAGCAGCCCCAGCAACAUGACCCCUCAACAACCAACAGUCCUAAUAACCGGCUGCAGCGACCACGGCAUCGGCUCCGCCCUCGCCCAUGUCUUCCACGCCCGAGGCUACCACGUCUUCGCGACAGCCAGGAACCCGUCGAAAAUGAAGACCCUAGCUAACUUGAACAACGUAACCCUCUUGACUCUGGACGUGCGAGACUCCACGCAGAUCGCGCGCGCCGUGGACGCCGUCCGCGCGCAGACGGGCGGCUCACUCACGUAUCUGAUCAACAAUGCAGGACGGAACCACUUCAUGCCGGUUCUGGAUGAGGAUCUGGAUGCAGGGAGGGAGCUGUUUGAGACGAAUGUGUGGGGCCAGGUGGCUGUGACGAAGGGGUUUGUGCCGUUGCUUUUGAAUUCCGGAGGGGAUGGGGCUGUGGUGUUCACGACGUCGAUUUCGGGGUAUUUGAAUGUGCCGUAUAUGGGAACCUACGCGGCCUCGAAACGCUCCCUCGAGCUCAUCGCCGAGACGCUGCGACUGGAGCUCGCGCCGUUCGGGGUCCGCGUGCUAUCGAUCGUCACCGGGGCCGUGCAGACCAUGGGUCAGACGUAUUUCGGGGAUUUUAAACUGCCGGACAACUCGCUGUAUAAGAGCAUCGAGGGGACUAUUGCCGCGCGGGCCCGUGGGGAGGAUGGGCGCGGACGAGGUGAUCUGAUGGCGUAUGCUGAGGAGGUCGUUUCGGCGAUUGAGAGCGGUGCGGAAGGGAGGGUUUGGUGUGGUGAGAACGCGGAGUCGACGCGGUUGGCGACGACGAAUCCGGCUGUUCCGGCGGAGGUUAUGGAUCGAGGUGUUGCUCAGGGGACUGGGCUGGAUGUUUUGAGUGGGCAGUUGAAGGGAUAGAGUAGCGAUGAACGUGUCGUUUUAGAUCAUUGAAACAUUAUCAUGACAUUGGUGUGAAAAGUAUGCUCAGACGU